GAUUUUAAUCCAGGAUAAAUAGAAAUUUUUGUUAUCAAAAAUGAAUUUUCACGAGCACCACGUUCUUUCUUAGGGCGUCCGUAAUCGCAUGCCGAAGUUUUGAAGUUUUGGUGCAUCCAGUUUGGUGAAAAGUUUUAUAAAUAUUAUGUUUUUUAUAUACAGAAUAACCCUUUCAUGUCACCUUAAAACGUGAAGGGUCUCUCAUAUGUUUCCUUAUUUUUUUUUUUCUUUUUUAAAUUCGGAAGGAGGGCCUGGCUCUAGUGACCGUACAUCGACUCCGACGAAGAGAUAAUCUUCCUUCCCCGUUCUCGACUCGUUACGUUUUGAUGGAACAACGAUUGUACCGAACCGUUGCAAUGCCUCGAUGAAACGGCGAUUGGACCGAGCCGUUGUUGCGUUGGAGCGAAACAAUGGUAUUGGCGGAUCGUUAACUCGGAACAAUGACCGUACUCGACCAUUGUAGCGCCUUUGACGAAACGGCCGUUGUACCGGAUCGUUGUUACAGUUCCGUGAGAGAGUUGUCGCUUAUCGAUCUCGAGUUACGAUUGCAUCGAACCGUUUCAACUGCUCGACGGAGCGGUGGAUACGGCAAGUCGUUAUCCGAUUUCGGUAAAACGAUGGUUGCAGUUGAUCGAUGAAACGUCUCGAUGAAACGGCAGCUACGUUCAGGCGUAACAACGCGAACCGAACCGCUGCAGCGUCUCGACGAAACGGCGGGUACGUUUCGAUGGGGCAUCGAUCGUGCUAAAUGUAACAAUUCGGCGAAACGGCGGUUAUGUUUCAAUGGAACAACGAGCGUAUCGAAACGUUGUAACGUCUCAAUAAAACGGAAAACUAAGCUGGACGGUUGUUACGUUAAACCGGAGCAAUGGUCACGAAGGGAUCGUCGUUAAUUUCCGGCGAAAUAGUCCUGCCCAUGACGUUGUAACGCUUCGAGGAAACGGCGAUCGUGCCGAUGUCACUGUCUUAACGAUUCGACGCUUCUCUUUGACGAAGCAACGACCGGGCCUAUUCUGUAACUCGUAACGAUAGAUAUCAUUAUCGUUAAACCAUUGGAAUGAGACAAGUUAACCCUAACGACAGAUAUUCUUAUCGUUAGCCCAUUGGAAUAACACGGGUUAGCCGUAACGAUAGCUGUCGUUACGAGUUACAGAAGAGGACCCUAGGAGGUCUAUUCUGUAACUCGUAUCGACGUAUGUCGUUAUCGUUAGCUCGUCUCGUUCCAAUGGACCUAUGAUAACGAUAUCUCUCGUUAUGAAUUCGAGAAUAAACCCUCACGGGAAGUCAGUACCUACGGUUUCGGCCCAACGUAUAGUAUACCAGAGAUGAGCGAGAUGUUUUAUGCCAUUUGAAAGGGAGACUCGGCCCCCUGGCGCCCUCUACGCUCUUACACCACUGUAAUAAUUGCAACUACUUUUAAAGGAGCGAAACCUUCGUGAUCGGUAAAACAGGGUAUAUGUGCCGCGUCGUAUCUCAGUCCACGCAUAGCAACUUUAUUUGUACUCGUAGUCUUCUUUCCGAACCUACGUUGACCCUGAUGCCAAAAACGAAAAGACGAUAACUUCAUUCUAUCGAUACCGCGCGUUUUUCUUUAUCGAUAGAGAGAUAGAGAUUUCGCCCCUUUGAAAGCGGUUCAGCAGCUAGGGUGCCGUGCCUCCCUUUCGACAAUGGCGUGAAACAUCUCCGAUUAUCAUCUCUGAUUAUACACGCAAAAGUUUCCGGCGUUGCUCGGACGCGGCAUUUCCCGGUAAUACGUGUUCGAUGGACGAAACGCCGGAUUCGCUUUUCAACCCUCUGGAAACAGAUAUCGAAAUAAAAAAUAAGAAAAAAAAAGGGGGGGGCAGGCAGGGAGAUCGAUAAACGAAGGAACCUUUCUUCGUCGCAGUCACGUUUUCGGUUCCCAUCGUCAGGAUGGACGGAUUCCUUUUCCAUGUGAGGUUCCAGGAAUACUCCUUUCGCGUGUUAAGGGCGUUCGUACCCUCGCUUCGUUUACUUUCCUUGGAGGGAAAUGGACGGCUUUCGGCGAGAAGUUUUUAGUUAUCGGUUCGUCCGCGGCGGGGAGAGCGAGCGCACCGAUCGGCGUCGAUCGAACGCGUAAUGCCUAAGCCAUCGCUUACUACUUUGUUACUAAUGUCGAAAUCCUAGAUACAGGCGCAAAGCUUAAGGGGAGGAGGAGUACGUCCCGGGGAACACGCUGGAAAGAAAACCUAAGAGAAAAAGCGCGCUAUCGGGUACACGAUGUGUCCUAUCUUGUCCUUGAAUGUACGAAGGAAAGUAGUCUCGCGCCAUUUGGCCUUUAUGCUGUUCUAUCUGCGAUUCAUACAGGCUUUGCGUACGGUACUGUGAUAUAUCGCUGUUUAAUCAUUUUUGUUGCACACGUUCAAAUAAAGCCACUCUCAUACCGGAAUACUUAUUUCUGAACAUAGAUGGAGGAAAUUACGAUUGGUCUCGAAACCGCAUUUUUUGUAAUAAUCCAGAUAAUAUGCCAUGAUAAUAUCGUUUGUUUUAUCAGGUUCUUGAUCAGACUGGCGGAAAGUGAACCGUGAUAAGGAUGCCCAAGGUAUUGAAAAGGUAACGUAAUGCAAGUUUCUAUGUCGAAUUGCUUAACGAAUGGCGUAUUUUGUCCUUUGCGAUUCCUUUCUUGACUUUAGAAGACCUUAUUAGGGUCUUUACCGAAAUAAGAUACACCUAGGUUCACCGUCAACGUGUGAACUUUUACGUGGAAAUCGGAUAACAAUAUACAACUAUUGGGGUAUCGUUUCACUUCGUUACGCUUUUUUUUACCCCUGUUGAAAUGUUUCACGUCAAUGAAAACAUACUUUUAAAUAUUGUACAAUUUUAGAAAAAGUUCUUAGCUUUUGGUAAAAGGGUGGAAGAUGUUGAAAACGAUGACGAUGUCCCAGAUCUCUAAUUUUCUUCAACUUCAAAGGCUGCUCGAGAUUCCGUACCGAGUCAAGAUCACCGUACUCUCCUUUACGAGCAAGAAAAAGAGUCGGGUCGCAAUUUCUCGCAACGGGAACGCGAUUAUCGAAUAACCGUGACCCCCUCGGAUAUUUUUAUGCCUCUCAGACCUUUAACUGUGGAUAAACUCGUUCAAUGUAAACUGCAAUGUUGCUAACCCACAUUCUAAACAAUAGCAACGCAGAUUCGCGAUAUUAGGGAAUGGAAUGAUAUUUGUAUACCCUUAUGCCUGGUUCCACCAACCCCGGUUAAAUCAUCGGUUACCUAACCGUAGGUUAAAGUUAACAUUUGUUAAAAUAAAGGUAACAUUGUUAUAAAUAUGUUGAUUGGUGGCUCGUUAUCAUUUGGGGCUACAAAUAAAUGUUUGAAAUUUAUUGGCGGGGAGAAAAAUAUUCAGAUGAUUUUAAUUAUUUGGACUCCGGUGCUAAUUGAGCUAUUAAAAUAUUCCUUGGUACUGCGGCUGCAAGAAGUUUAUUUUCUCGCAUGUUUCCUCAACAAAUCAGACGGGAAUGGGGCAAAAACCGUAAAAAUCCCUAUGUAUGACUAUCGUAACACUAAGUCGAUUAGAAUUGUAUGACCGGUUUUUCGUAAUAUCAGGGUGAUAAGUGGUUUCCGUUGUAGAUGCCGAAACUCAUUAUAGACAUUCACUGCUUUCCAAAAAACUACACACCUAAAGAUCAAAAGUCCGCUUAUCCUGUUAACCACAUAUUCUUUUUUCUCCCCGGUUUUUAUAAAAGUUAACGAAAACAAAAGAAAACAUCGUCAGUGUAAGAAAUUCAAGAAAAUGUAGUCGAAAUCUUAUAAGCAUAAAUCAUUUCAAACUCGUGUCACUAAUAUUAUAAAUAAUUUAAAAAAAUAAAUGAAUAUAAUAUCAAAACAAGGAUGAUUUUAUAUGCUGUGAAAUAAAAUAUGUAGAAAACGUUUCGAGACAAAUGAUUUAUCGUUGCAGUGAUUUCUUUGUAAAUAAGGAAGGAGAAUGAGGAAUUAUGCGAAAGUAAUAUGUGGCACUUAGCAAGUAUGACUGAAAGACUUUUAAUGACAAAGCAAAACAUUUGUGUCCUAAUUUCAUACACGUUUAGAGGCGGAAGAGAAUAGUUUAAAAUUAACAGGGAGGAAUGGAGAGGAGAUAAACAAAAUUUGUUUUAGUUUGUAGUCGUGCGAGGUGACGUGAGUUACGUUGCCCUUCGCGUUUCUCGCUUUGCUCUUCCUUCAAUUAUUAACGCUCUAUGAAACGUACAUAUUUUGUAGAUUCUCAGAUAGAGAAAGAAGGCUUGCUUAAUGCGUAAAAGGCCUAAUUAUGCGACAAGUGUUAGACGAGUCAAUUUGUACAAGCUCACCGACCCUCGUUUCUACAAUUAAUGUUUGGAAUCAAGUAUAAGAACCACGGUCAAACUUAACAUAAUAUUUGUUUCGUUAAUUAUUAUUGUUCAGGUGUUGUGUCAAUGUUACUCCGAUAGAUGUUGGUUUUUUUUUUAUAUGAUUACAUUUAAAAUUAUUACCGACAUUCAGAAGUUAUAGAAUUUUUAUGUACGUGUUAAUGGGACUUUUUAAUGUACGGUGCAGCAUUAACGCAAUAUAUUAUUAUUAUGCAAGAUCUUCUUUCGAGAGGAGAAUGCUGAAUUACUAUCUUUGUUUCUAACAAUACGUGGAAAUUGAAGCAAUAGUUAAAAGCAGUAAUAUUGCAAAGAAGACAAUUAAAAAUCGAUUUAAAUGGCGUGGAAAAAUAUUUUAUGUAUGAAUUAAUUGAUUUCAGAGAGAUUUUUGGUAAUACUCAACUCGUACCUCAAUUUUCGGUGCAUUGCGCCGGAUUUUCGAUUUCAAUGUCGUCUUCUAUCCUUCUACAGUGCAGCUUUUUAAAUAGACGAUUCAUAACUGAUAAUGCUACGUACAAUUGAUAGUGAGCAAUGUAUAUACGAGAAUGGAAAUAGCCCGAAUCUUUCCCUUCUGGAAGAAUGGCAUAUACGAGGAUCCAAAAAUGUCUAUCAAGAAAGGUCGUAUUUUGCCCUCGAAAUUGGGUAAACAUGAAACCAUAGACCAUGUACAUUCAUGUUUGCUUAGUAACGCGGAAUUACGAUCUGACAUAUUUGUGUGUUUAAAACACUUGUGACCAGCUGCGCAUUAAGAGCAGUUUCUGACAAAACGUUUCUCAUGUCAAUUUGUAAAGACAUUAACGUUCGUAACCUUGUUACACUGAUGCCAGGAAAUUAAAAACGUAGAAAAAGAAUGUCCAGAUUUUUAUAUUCUGAAUUUCUACGCAUAUUUGUACAUGCAAGUUUCCCCAUUCAAUGUAUCUAGUUUCGUUCCAAACUCUUUCUUGAUAUGCAAAGUGCAAAUAAUCACACCUAAUUGUCAAAGUGAUGUGGGGGUUAUUCUUAAUAUGUAAUAAGUAGUAUCCGUACAGGGAGUGAUGGAGGGAGAAAUGGAGAAAGAUAGACAGAGAGAAGGACCAAGGAAGUUAACGCUAUUCCGUGGGAUAGAAGAAAGUCGGCCGCCACUAUCAAAGGCCGUUGAUAGAAAUUUUUUCAAUUACAUCAACCGAUUGUUAUAUUACCAUCAGAUUUUAGAAACAUUCCGUUUAUCAGCUCUAUGCUAAAACGCAUAAUAGAAGAUAAUGUAUAUUUUUGGGGAAAGCAUAAAUUGACCCCUUAGGCGGCGUGCCGAUUUCCAAGCCUCUGGACCAUUUCGAGGCGAUUAGCUGGUUGUUCACAUGGGUGCCGAAACCCUGAGGAUGGGUGGCAAUUUCCAAAUGAGCCAUAGUUGUCUCGUCUAUGCUAAUGUUGACGCGACGCGGUUUUCGCGGCCGAGGUGGGCCCACGAGUGGGGACCGAGCGACUUCUUCGAGGUAUAAAGACCCGCCGAAGAAGUUCCUCGUCGGUCAGUAGUGGCUUCCAAUUGGGAACCGAAGCGGAGCUAUUGUACGAAUUGCCGAGUCGUAGACGAGACCUAGCAUCAGAAGUAAGGAGAGACCGAGGAAACGCGUCAGGAAGCCGAAAUGGAGGGAUUGAAGUUCGCCACGUGGGCCUGGUUGGUUCUGGGCCUGGUCUGCGCGUUGCCCGCUAAACCUACUAGAAGGGACCAGGGGGUCGAAACCGACGACGAAGAGGAGCUCAUAGGGCGCUUGUCGUACAUCAAGGGAGCCCUUUACGGGGAACCGAAGAACAGCACGGGGUCCAAGGUGGACAGCUGGGACGAAGACUCCGGGAUGAACCCCGAAGAACUAGGCGAGUACGCCGAGGGUGACAUCCUCUUCCAGAUGCAGGUCGGCGGAAGAAACGGGCUCAGAGCGGAGUCCUCCAGGUGGCCCGGGGGGGUCAUCCCCUAUUCGAUCAGCCCCCAAUUCAGUGGGGAGUAUCGUAAGAGAAUUUUGGACGCCAUGGACGACUACCGCAGGUACACGUGUAUCACGUUUAGGCCCUCCACGGGACAGGAGAGCAAUUACAUAAAGAUCGUGGCAGGACAAACUGGCUGUUGGAGUUCCGUUGGCAGAGUCGGUGGUUCGCAGAUCGUGAACCUCCAGAUUCCUGGAUGUGUAACCAGAAAAGGAACCAUCAUCCACGAACUCAUGCACGCCGUUGGGUUCCUUCAUGAACACAGCAGAUACGAGCGCGACAAUUACGUUCAAGUCAAAUGGGAAAACAUUACCCCCGGAAGGGACAACAAUUUCAAGAGUGCAACAAGAGAUUCUACCAAUGAUUUUGGAGUCGAGUACGAUUACGGUAGUGUAAUGCAUUACUCUGCGAAGGCAUUCUCUCGUAAUGGCCAACCAACCUUGGUUCCUAGAGGCAACGAAAAUGUCUAUCUAGGCCAGCGAGACGGAUUCAGCCGAAAGGACAUUAUGAAGAUUAAUAGAAUGUACAAGUGUAACAAGCAAGGGAUCAACUAUGGAUAACUAUGUAAUACUUAAUUAUUCAGUCGUGCCCUGAUAUCUUGCCUAUGUGGAUAAUUAGAUUUUAUUGAAUAUGUCUGAAAGGAAGAGAAUCAACUAGUCGUAAAUUCACGUGGAAGUUUCUACAAGUCACAUCUGCUGUGAAUUUUAAAAGAUCAUCAUCACCCCGUUUAUCAUAUUAGUAAUUUUCCUUCAUAUACAGACUCAUACGGCUUAUUACUUCAGUAGACCCGAAUCUUUAAUUUAUUAUAAAAAUUGCUAGACACAUUUUAUAUGUAUCAAACAGUUUAAUUAUGGACAGUAGAUUGACAUUACCUUUAUCGAAUCGAGUUUCAUUCAUAUUUAUUGUAUAUACUCUAAUUUAAACAAGUACAUACUUAAUAAGGAAAAAAUUAUGACUGUACAGAAAAUGCAGUGUUGAUUGUGUUUCGAAAGUUAGUAAGCUUUUCUGAUAAACUGCGUAAUGUAUGUAUAAUGAUUUAAAGUAAUUGAAAAUAUUUGAUAUUUUGUAAUGAAAUCUGACCCUUGUGAUCGUUUUUCAUUAAUCUGCAAUUUAAAGAGCCGACACUAGAGAAAUGUACGAGGAAAAAUGAGUGCUCCAAAUUUGUCGCAAUAGAUAUCGCAGAAUUGUUUUGUAAAAUGUAAUAACUCAUUACAACUUUAACGGUGACACAUCGCACAGACGAAAACGUGCUUUUUCUGUACUAUUCUUUAAUAUAUAUAGUACAACGUUACCUCAAGUGUUUAUGGAAACGUAAUUUAAGAUGUAAUUUUAAAGGUGAGCAUUACUGCUCGUUCAU